AUGUCGAUAUUCGUGGUUGUGAUCGUCCUCUAUGCCAUUAUAUUCACCCGGGUCCGCCGACGUCUCAUGGCGAGGGUGAACAGCAACCAGCACCGCUAUUCCGUGACUUAUGGAUCACAAGUGGAAUUGACUCAAGGGCAAGAGCAGUUGAUACACGCUCACGAUGAAAUCUUGAAGGGCCAGAAAACUGUUCCCGGUGCUGGCCCUGACGAUGGCAAAGACGAUCCGGUCAAGCGCCCCGAACUGGCUCGUUCCGCUUUCUCAUACGACGAUGAUGCCGAAAGGCAAAGGAGACAGCUGAGGCUGGCGCUCAAGCCGAAGCUGCGGAUCAUACAAAGCUCGAAGCUUGACCAGGAAACGUGGCACUGGUUCCUGCUCAGCGCAUUUCCUCUGUCCUAUAUACUUGUGUGGAUUCCGGGCCUAGCGAAUCGCUUUGUCGAACUGAGUGGAAACUCGUCAAGCUGGCUGUCAGCAUUGCAGGCCAUGACCCAGCUCACCGGUUUAAUCAAUGCUAUGGUAUAUGGUCUCAGAGAGCAUCGUGGCCUGUGGCGAAAUCUUGGAGAGCGUUAUCACAACCAAUACUAA